AUGUCAACAACUAUUUCAACAAUAUCAUCCAUAUUAUCAACACCACCUGUCAAUUAUGAUACACCAUCAAGUAUAUUUGAUAAUGAGACAAUAUGUGCAGAUAAAUUAAUUAAUGAAUUACUUGAAGGUCUAUCUGGUCGAAUUAUAUGGGGUAUUAUACAAAUUAUUCUUAUGCUAUUGGGUAAUAUCGGAAAUAUUCUUACAUUAGUAGUUCUUAAUCAUCGUUUGAUGCGUAGAGGUGGUGUUAAUAAUCUUUUACAAGGUCUUGCUAUAAGUGAUAUAGUUGCUCCAACUCUUGCAUGUAUUCCACAUAUUAUUUAUUAUUAUGGUUCUUCAACAAAUGAUAAUUUAAUAAAUUUUAUUAAUUUAUAUCUUAUGCCUAUAGCAACUGGUGCAACAUUUUGUUCAAAUUGGAUUGUUGUAACAAUAACAAGUUUUCGUUUAAUGAUUGUUGUUAAACCACUUUAUUCACAAGUUUACUGUUCAAAUCGUAAUGAAAAAAAAGCUUUAAUUAUUAUAUCACUAUUUAGUAUCCUAUCUAUAGUACCUUAUUAUUAUUAUCGUUCUCAUACAAAUGCACAAAAUGUUUUAAAACUUAUAUCAGCUAUAUUAUCAAUAUUGGGACCAUGGCUUAUAUGUGUUAUUCUUUGGAUAUUACUUAUACGAAUUGUUAGUAGUAAAAUUGGUUUAAAAAGAUCAAAACAAUUUAUAUUACAUUCAGAAAUUGUAACUCAACGUUUAAAAUCAAAAUCUAAAAUAACUAAAAUGGUAUUAAUUAUAUGUUUUUUUAAUAUAAUAUGUCAAUUACCAGUUUUAAUUUUAACUAUUCUUGGUCUUAUUAAUGGUAAUCCAUGUGGAGAUAUUUCAGCAAUAAUUUUUGUUGGUUUACUUUUUUUAUCUAACUUAUUAUUAAUUGUUAAUCAUUCCAUAAAUAUUUUUAUUUAUUCAUUAACAAAUCGUAAAUUUCGUUAUACAUUAAAAAUCAUGUGUCGUCACUGUUGUCGUUUUUAUAAUCAUCAAAUAAGACAACAAAAAAUGGCAAUGAUAAUGAAUUGUGAUGAACAACGAAAAGCACCUGAUCAACAAAAACGUAAUGAUGAUACAUGUUCAAGUUUAAAAACUCAUCGUAAUACACAUUUAUUAAUAGCAAUAAGUUUAAAAAAUAAGUCAAAACAGAAAUCAAUAUAA